CAGGGAGGUGAGCCCCGCUUAUGUAUCAGAUAAUCAUCGCUGAAUAUAGGUACGCAACGCACCGUUCACUUCCCAUACGUGCUGAAUAAGACCAGAUACGUUUGAGUGGCUGGCAUUCUACUGGCAACCGCGUGUGAGGUUACACGAUAUCUUCCAAGAGAUCCAGAGUGCGUGUUUCAAUAUUGUGCAUUACCCACUGAACCUAACACAGAAGAAAGGUUUAAAUCGCGUAUACUAAACAUGGGAAAACUGCAGCUGGCAGAUGUUGAAAAUGAGUACAAAAAAUUUCCGGAGCUCAAACGCGAGGAUGUGCAGAAGAUUCGUGAAUGGAUGGAAAAGCAGCCCCAUCUACCCAAAAUUACUGAGCUCGAAAGAAUCUUGUUUCUGCAUUCAAAUUAUUUCAAGAUAGAAGCCACCAAACAAACAAUAGAAGCCUAUUACACGUGCAGAACACAUGUUUCCAUGUUCUUUGCGAAAAGAGAUGUCACGAACCAAGGAACGAAGAAGGCCAUGAAUACCAUCUAUGGAUUGACUUUCCCUCAACGAACUAAGGAAGAUUGUGUAGUAUUUUACGGCGCUUUGAAGGAUUUUGAUCCUUCAAAUUUUGAUUUAGCAGAAAUUUUCAAACUAAUGAUUUAUGUUAUUGAUCUUAACUUUCUGGAAGAAGGUCCUGCGACAGGGUAUAGAAUAGUAAUUGAUAUGAAAGGUGUUCUUUUUGGUCAUGUCGCACGCCUGGGAGUUUUACCAAUUAAACAUUUUUUGUACUAUCUGCAAGACGCUAUGCCAAUUCGAUUGAAAGGACUUCAUUUUACUAACAUUGUUCCUUUCAUGGACACCAUACUGGCGUUGAUAAAACCGUUCAUGAAAAAAGAGUUGCUUGAUAUUUUGUUUCUACACACUUCAAAUGAACACAUGUAUUCGUAUGUUGGAAAAGAGUGCUUGCCAAGUGAUUGUGGAGGUGAUCAAGACAGUCGUGAAGUACUAAUAGAUAAAUACUACGGAAGAUUAAUUGAAGUAAAAGAUUAUUUCCUGGAGGAAGAGAAGACUCGGCGCGUUGAUGAGGGGAAACGACCGGGUAAACCUAAAACAGCUAUGGAAAUAUUUGGUGUGGAUGGAAAUUUCCGAAAAUUAGAUAUAGAUUAACAGCUUAGUUUCGAGUUUUUGUUUUAAGUUUACAUGAGAAAUACUAGCCGAAUGUUUGCUAGUUGAAGUUACAUUUCGAAAACACAAUUUGACAUACACAUGAAUCACAAACUAAAAUCGCUUCGAAUCAAAACUAAUUAUGCUAAACAUACAAAAUUAAUGAACCGGGAUGGUUUCUCUCAUAUAUUUUAUUUGUCUAGAAUGUAUUCUAUAGUUUUGAAUAAAUACUGUACAUAUUAUUUGUACAAUAUUUUGGAAAA